CUCUUCUUGUCACAAUCUAUAUUCUCUGGAUAUUCGUUGAAAAUGAUGUGUUAGUUAAUGAUAUGAAGACAGUAGAAAUUUUAGUGUUUUUUCGUUUCUAUUUACAAUGAGAUAUAAGUCUAUAGCGCGAAAAAUUGCUGCACAAGAUGAAAGCGAGCAACCUCUCCUGAACAGCGUAUUUUUGGAAAUCGACGUGCAAUCGCGCUACUGUGAAGGAUACUGGGAAGUUUGUGACGAUGAAUUAGAAGUCACUGACAGAGAGCAUUAUCAGAAUAAUCGAAAACCCGCCGAGAGAAUGGUACCGCCUCAAGAAGAGGCCGAGAACAGUCAGUACUACAAUUUCGAUAAGAAUUAUUGCAAGGCCCAAAGCGUCGACAGCAAAUCCAAAACUAUUAUUAACGACAUUUUGGUGGAGAACAACCUGGAUUUAGUCAAACAAGAAAAGACCAAAAUCGACUUGUAUUCCGCCAACGAUGGAGAUAUAACGGCCAGCCGUUUGCUUCCCAACGAAUUGGAGUUGAGAGAAGAGGGAGUGUUCGCCAAAACAACGGUAAUCAAGGGCACCAAAUACGGCCCUUUUCAGGGCAAAUGGGCUAGCGUUCCUCACGAUACUAAAUACGCGUGGGAGAUUAUCACGGGCAGUGGUGUUAGAGGUUGGCUGGAUGGAUCCAUCAAUCACAGAAAUUGGUUGAAGUUUAUUAAAAUCGCUUCUACGAAAACUGAGGCCAAUGUGAAGUAUAUUUUACACGGCGGUCAGUUGUGGUACGAAACAGCUAAGGAUGUUCCAACCGAUUGUGAACUAGUUUUAACACCGAAAGAGCCGCUAAGUCUUCAAGAUAUGUUUGGUGAUUCCACGUCAGCUGACGAACGAUCUGACAGGGAAACUGCUUCACAACACAGCGGAACCAUCGACGAUAGGGAAGACGAUGAAGAUAUUAGUGAAUCACGUUGUUACGUUUGUGAUCAAAUAUUCAAUGAUGUAGAUAUUUUAGAUGAGCACCUAAUAUCAAAGCACAACUACAGGCGCGACGAGUACCAAUGCAAUUACUGUUCUAAAGCGUACUCAUACCGCCCCUGUCUCAUAAAGCACCGAGCAAUAAAGCACGGAGAAACGAAGAAGUACCACUGCGAAAAUUGUCCCAAGGUAUUCACCGAUCCUAGUAAUUUACAGAGGCACAUCAGGACCCAUCACGUCGGGGCGAGAUCUCACGCUUGUCCGGAGUGCGGCAAAACGUUCGCCACGUCCUCCGGAUUAAAACAACACACGCACAUCCAUUCUUCGGUUAAGCCCUUUCAGUGCGAGGUUUGCUUCAAGGCGUACACGCAAUUUUCGAACCUUUGUCGACACAAGCGGAUGCACGCCGACUGUCGAAUGCAGAUCAAAUGCGUCAAAUGCGGUCAGUCCUUCUCCACCGUCACGUCCCUUUCGAAGCACAAGCGUUUCUGCGAUUCGACUAGCUCGGCGCCGUUCGCGAACCAGCCCCACAUACCCGUCAGCCCGGUGACGAUGGCCGGAAACGAUUCCUUCAAUUUGUACCGAUCCGGCUGCUUGCCGUUCUUCCCGCCGCAAUUGUCGACGUAUCCGUUCUUCCCGGCCGCCUCGGUGAUUCCCCCUUUGUUCUUCAACCAGAUGUCGAAGGUGGCGGAAGAGAACGUCGAAAGCAAGAGGCGAAAGUUGUCGCCCGAUCACGAGAAAUUCUCGCAUAACUUAGACAUAUUUUCGUCGAAGAAGAGCGAUCUUCUCCUACCUAAAUUUACGCCGCCGAAGAACUUGGACUUCGGUAGGUCUUUGGAAUACAGCAAUCCUAGUCUGAACUUAAAAGCGCCGUCGAAAUCGAUGCCUAAGGAUCUGUCUAAUAAACCCGCGAGCGCGGCCAACGAGGAAACCGACAAACCGCUGGAUCUGAGCGGAUGGAAAAAGAGCGCUUUGCUGGUUAAGCAACAAGAAGAAUCCGAAAUUUCGGCUCAUUCGGAGAGCGAGAGUUUAAUAGAAAUCGUAGACGAUCGCAAUCCGUCCCCGAAGAACGCUCCUUCAACGCAACAAAUGAUCUGUCCCAGACCGGUGCAUCCGGUCCUACCGACCGACCUAUGCAGGAAUCUCGUCUACAACUACCAAAAUCCCGACAACGAACGCCUCCUACCAUUCCCCUUCCACCACCGGUUCUCCUUCCUCAACGGCUUCCAGCCGCAGCGGAUGGACAUGAUGCGCUCGAACGUGAAGCCCUUCCAGGACGUCAUGCACCAAUACAGCCAAGGCAAGAUAAAGGACCGGUACGCGUGCAAAUUCUGCGGCAAGAUCUUCCCGCGCUCGGCCAAUCUCACCAGACACCUGAGGACCCACACCGGCGAGCAGCCGUACAAAUGCAUCUACUGCGAGCGCUCCUUCAGCAUAUCCAGCAACCUGCAGAGGCACGUCAGGAACAUCCACAACAAGGAGAAGCCGUUCAAGUGCUCGCUGUGCGAGCGGUGCUUCGGCCAGCAGACCAACCUGGACAGGCACCUGAAGAAGCACGAGGUGGACGAGGCGAACGGCAGCAUCGCGCCCGCCGAUUCGCCGGCCAGCAGCAACGAGAACGAGCGGGAGGACGCCUGCUUCGACGAAAUCAGGUCGUUCAUGGGGAAGGUCACCUUCGGAUCGGCGGAGUACUACAACAUGAACGAGUUCGUGUCGCCGGCGAGCGCGAACGUCGAGCGGCUCAAAAAAGAGGACGAGGAUUCGGAGACGAAUUCGGAACUGGUCGAGGACUACGUUCCUCCCAAGCUGAACUUUGACGUGAAAUGUAAGCAGGAUAACGAGGAGUUGGUGAAAAAUAAUGAUCACGUAGUGAAAGUGUCUACUUAGUCAUUUACAAAAGUCUAUAUAUAGUGCAUAUAUUUAUCUAUUUGUUAUUUCUUUUUGAAUAUUGAGUUGUUUAUUGAUGUUUCGAUUCAGUUUGGUAAAACGUUUAAAUCGUGUAUCUAUUGUCUAUAAUUAGUUCGCUGUAACAACAGCAAGUUUACCAAAUUGUUGCGAAAAUAUAUUUAACCGUAUUGUAAAAAAAUGUGGCUCAUAAAGUACAAUUUAAUCCGGAACAUUCUCAUAAAAAUUUUUGUAAAAAAUUGACUUACCUUUUUAUAAUUAUUAGAAUUAGAAAAUGAAUUUACCAACAACAUUUUCGAAUAGAUUUAAGUAUUUAACCAGCGUAAUGGAUUAAGGGACAACCUACAAUUUUUUAAACUCAUGAAAAACCUAUUUUAAAUUAGAUAUUUACCCACCGUAUAAAAAUACAAGUGCAUGACUUAAUCCAUUAUUAUUAUGAAUAUUCGUCAUACUUUGAGGCUCUGUUAAGUAAAGUCUUAAUAGUUUUGGAAUAUGCUCAAAUAAAUCGAUAAUUUUCGAAUUUAUUACUAUCAAACUGCUAAGCAGUUCUGCUUUUUACGAUAUUACACAUUGUAAAGGUUAACGUAGGAAAUGUGCAACUGAAUAUUCUAUUAUCAUAACUCACUCUGUACUAUCGUUAUAGUUUGAUGCACUUACAAGUGUAACACUCAAUCAACUCAUACUGAAGAAUACCUGAAGUACAUUGCUUCAAAUUUUCUUUAUAACAAUGAAACCUAUUAAUACGAUAUUUCAGGAAAUUAACUACUGAGAUCUGCUCGAAAAUAUUUUAGGUAGGUAUAGAAAAUUUAUGCAAGAGUAAUCCCUAUACAUUUGAUCUUUUAAAUUAAUUGAUUAACCCAUAGUGUAAUAAUAGGUUUUUUGUUUUAAAAAAAUUUUCUGUUCAGCAAAUUUAUAACAAAAAUUUCUGUGAAAUGUUAUUUUUUCGGAUAAAUUCGUUCUAAAAAUUCCUUUGCAAUUGCAAAGAAUUUACUUGCGGCUUAAACUAAAUUUACUUAUAUUUAUGACCAUAAGGAACUUAAGAUUCACUUUUAACAUAUUUAUCAACUUAUCUAAUUAACUGUUUUACAAAUUCUCACCAAAAAUUUUAAAUACGUACUCGCUAUUAUCUAAUUACUAGUAAAUAUUUGUAUUACACUAUCAUGCAGUGUGCACGAUAAGUUACUGCGCAAAAUUAAUUCUUAAUGAAAUUAAAAGUACCGUUGAAUCAACCAAUUUCUUAUGUUAACCAAAUUCGAAGAAUAUUAUUCUGACGAAAGUAUCUAUUAUAAUUGGAUGAGCUAAGUCAGUAGUUCAAGCUCAAAAUAGUUUCUUUUUGCUGAAAAAAUCGUGAUACAAUUUCUUUGUUUGAUCGAACAAUGAGAAAUCGAUAUUGAAUCGAUUCGAUGAAUUCGUAAUUCCUCUAAAACAAACAAAUUUCAACCGCUGAAAAUGAAUUGCGCUAUUGAAUCUUAAGCAAUUGGAUUACUGACUGGCUUUACAAACGUUUAAAAAUCCUACCGCAAAAUGUUCUUAAUUCGAAUUGAACAAUGCAAAUCCGAGCACUCGACGAUUUUAUACAAAAAACUAACGACAAAUCGUAUUUUUUCGUUUCUAGCCUACAAUAAUUGAUUCGUACUGUAGAAUAUCAAUAAUAAUCACAAUUAUUAGAAUGUUUCUCCAA